UCAAUCAAUAUAUACAGGGAAACGUGCAUCCAAAGAGAGCUGGAGUACUGAACACACCUCGCUGACGUAACGGCUGAGGCGUUGGGAUAUUUUUUGACUGAGCAGUUUUUCCCUUCCUCUUUCCAUGGAUUUCCACCACUAGAAAGAUAAUUCCACGGGUCUGCUGCAUCGAAGUUGCAGGGAAACAAGGCCUGCUUUCAUGAUUUUUCUGUUGGUCGCACUUUGCGUCAUUGCUGACCUUGCCUUCAGAGUGGAAAGCUAAAUGCAUCAGCGCUCCUCCCAAUUGGUUUGGGCUUUAAAUAUGCGUUAGGGAGGGAAGGAGGGAGGCAAUUUAAAAAUUUGCUUUGAGGAAGAUGGCCGUGUCACUGGAUUUGGAAGGCUCCCUGGGUCGAACAAGCAAUGCAUGGAGGAGUGAAGACAAUGCUUUGUCCAGAUCGUUCAGCAACCGAAGAAGCAGUGGCGUGGAAAAUGAUGAAGAGGCUCUCAAAUGGGCUGCUCUUGAAAAGCUCCCAACUUAUGACCGCCUCAGGAAGUCCGUUCUCAGUGAAGUUGCAGCAACUGGAAGUUUCAAGUACCAAAAUGUUGAUGUCACAACACUUUCUACUGAAACGCGGAGAAAGUUCAUUCAGAGACUUCUGCAGGUCGCUGAAGUGGACAACGAGCGGUUUCUUUCGAAAUUCAGGGAAAGAAUUGAGAGAGUGGGGAUUCAAUUGCCGACUAUAGAUGUUCGGUUCGACCACUUGAAUGUCGAAGCGGAUGCGCAUGUUGGAAGCAGAGCUCUUCCUACUCUUAUCAAUUUUACUUCGAACGUGAUUGAGGGGUUUCUUAAUUCCCUGCAUAUAUUGCGGUCAAAGAGGAGAACUCUAACUAUCCUUCAUGACGUAAGUGGCAUCAUUAAGCCUUCACGGAUGAUGCUUCUUCUUGGUCCACCUGGAGCUGGGAAGACUACAUUGCUAACAGCUUUGGCUGGAAAACCUGACCGCAAUCUCAGGAUUACCGGAAAUGUGACCUACAAUGGACACUCGUUGACAGAAUUCGUGCCACAAAGAACAUCCGCUUACAUUAGCCAGCAUGAUUUGCACUAUCCGGAAAUGACUGUAAGGGAAACACUGGAUUUCUCUGGCCAAUGUCAAGGUGUUGGGUCAAGAUAUGACCUACUGAAAGAACUUUCGAGACGUGAGAAGCAAGCAGGUAUCAAACCAGAUCCAGAUGUUGACGUCUAUAUGAAGGGAACGGCAAUUGAAGGCCAGAAGUCCAGUCUUAUCACAGACUAUGUAUUGAAGAUUCUGGGACUGGACAUUUGUGCUGACAUAAAAAUAGGAGAUCAAAUGCUCCGUGGAGUCUCUGGAGGUCAAAAGAAAAGAGUUACUACAGGUGAAAUGCUAGUUGGUCGUCCAAAAGCUCUGUUUAUGGAUGAAAUUUCAACAGGAUUGGACAGUGCUACAACUUUUCAGAUAAUCAAGUGUCUGCGCCAAAUUGUCCAUGUCCUUGAUGGCACAAUGUUGAUAGCUCUUCUGCAACCUGCUCCCGAAACAUACGAAUUAUUUGAUGACAUCCUCUUAUUGUCUGAAGGAGAGAUUGUGUAUCAAGGACCUCGGGAAUACGUGCUUGAAUUUUUUGAGUCCAUGGGUUUCAAGUGCCCAGAGAGAAAAGGGGUUGCAGAUUUCUUGCAGGAAGUUACCUCAAGAAAGGACCAAGAGCAAUAUUGGGUGGAUAGAAGUCAACCAUAUGAAUACAUACCUGUCAAGAAAUUUGCAGAGGCUUUUCACUCAUUUCAUGUUGGCAAGCGUCUCAAAGAAGAGUUGUCACAUCCAUAUGACAAAACAAUGAACCAUCCUGCUGCUCUUUCAUCUACCAACUAUGGUGUCAGUAGAAUGAACAUGCUCAAAGCUUGCUUCUCUCGAGAAGUGCUGCUUAUGAAGAGAAACUCUUUUGUCUACAUAUUUAAAACAGGACAGGUUGCAGUUGUUGGGGCAAUCACAAUGACUCUUUUUUUGCGCACGGAAAUGCACCAGCGGAGCAUUACAGAUGGAAAUCUCUACAUGGGAGCUAUGUUCUUUGGUCUAGUCCAUAUGAUGUUUAAUGGAUUUCCAGAAAUGUCAAUGACAGUUGGCCGCCUUCCAGUUUUCUACAAGCAAAGGGACCUCUUAUUCUAUCCAGCUUGGGCUUAUGCAUUACCAGCGUGGAUAGUGAAGAUUCCUUUAUCUUUUCUAGAAGCAUUGAUUUUGGUUUCAGUUACAUACUACGUUAUUGGCUUUGCACCAGAAGCUGAGAGAUUUUUUAGGCAAAUACUUGUCUUUUUUGCGCUCCAUCAAAUGGCAUUGGGGCUCUUCAAACUCGUAGCAUCACUGGGUCGGAAUAUGAUCAUCUCGCAAACAUUUGGUUCAUUUGCUUUAGUUGUUGUGUUUGUUCUUGGAGGAUUUGUGAUUUCUCGAGAGAAUGUACCCAGCUGGUGGAUUUGGGCAUAUUGGUGCUCCCCACUAUCUUACAGCCAAAAUGCCCUUGCUGUAAAUGAAUUUUUGGCUCCCAGAUGGAAUAAACCCAGUAGUACUGCCUCAAACGAGACAUUGGGGCAUGCCAUAAUAGAAGCUCGUGGUUUAUUUGCUGAAGCGAGAUUUUAUUGGAUUGGUAUUGGAGCACUGAUUGGGUUCUGUGUAAUUUUCAAUAUUCUAUUUACCUUGGCUUUAACUUUCCUCAAUCCUUUUGGAAAAUCACAGGGUGUACUAUCAGAAGAUGUAAUAGAAGAGAAACAUGCAAACAGAACUGGAGAAAGUAGCCAUGGGGGAAAACUUAUGUCUGUCGAUGCAUCUGGAAAACAUUCCAGAGGCCAUGCAUACUCACUAGAGAGAAGAGAAAGUUCGAACUCUGAAUUCCAUUCUACCCAUGAUAGAGAACUCUCUGAACUCCAAGCCUCGGUACCUCAAAAGAAAGGAAUGGUCCUUCCUUUCCAGCCACUAUCAAUGGCUUUUGAAAACAUCAACUACUAUGUUGACAUGCCAGAGGAAAUGAAAAAUGAAGGUAUGGAUCAAAACAGGUUACAACUCCUUUCCAACAUAAGUGGAUCCUUCAAGCCAGGGGUGCUUACAGCCUUGAUUGGAGUUAGUGGGGCAGGAAAAACCACCUUGAUGGAUGUCUUGGCUGGGAGAAAAACAGGAGGCUACAUAGAAGGAAGCAUAAGCAUCUCUGGAUACCCUAAAAAACAAGAAACAUUUGCUCGCAUCUCAGGGUACUGUGAACAAAAUGACAUCCACUCCCCGAAUGUCAGUGUCUUUGAAUCACUUGUGUAUUCUGCAUGGCUUCGUCUUCCACGAGAUGUUGAUGAAAGAACUAGAUUGAUGUUUGUGCAAGAAGUGAUGGAACUUGUUGAGCUUACUCCUCUAAGGGAUGCUCUAGUAGGGCUUCCUGGGUCGACAGGUCUUUCUACAGAGCAGAGGAAAAGGCUUACCAUUGCAGUAGAACUUGUUGCUAACCCUUCCAUAAUCUUCAUGGAUGAGCCAACUUCAGGAUUAGAUGCCCGUGCUGCAGCUAUAGUAAUGCGUACUGUGCGCAACACAGUGGAUACUGGUCGCACUGUUGUCUGUACCAUCCACCAACCCAGCAUUGAUAUCUUUGAAUCUUUUGAUGAGCUGCUACUUCUGAAAAGGGGCGGCCAAGUGAUCUAUGCAGGACCAUUGGGUCAGCAUUCUAAUAAACUUAUUGAAUAUUUUGAGUCCGUGGAAGGUGUUCAACCGAUUACUGAAGGAUACAAUCCGGCAACAUGGGUGCUCGAAGUCAGCGCCAUAUCUGUUGAGCAAAGUCUCGGCAUAGACUUUGCUGAUAUCUACACAAAAUCUGCACUUCAUGAAUGGAAUCAACAACGUAUCAAAGAACUAAGCACCCCUGCUCCGGGCUCAAAGGAUCUAAAUUUUCCAACACAGUAUGCACAGUCCUUCCCAGUUCAGUGCCUGGCGUGCCUUUGGAAGCAAUAUUGGUCAUAUUGGCGCAAUCCACACUAUGUUGUUGUGCGAUUUUUCUUCAGCACAAUGGUUGCCCUGCUCUUUGGGAGCAUCUUUUGGGACCUUGGGACAAAGAGACGCAACCAACAAGAUUUAUUCAAUCUUGUGGGAGCAAUGUACUGCUCUGUACUUUUUCUUGGAGUAAGCAAUGCAUCCAGUGUACAACCUGUGGUCGAUGUAGAACGCACUGUCUUCUAUAGAGAAAGAGCUGCUGGAAUGUACUCAGCGUUCCCUUACGCCUUUGGACAGGUGGCAAUUGAGGUUCCUUAUGUUCUCGUGCAGUCUGUAGUUUAUGCCCUCGUGGUCUAUUCCAUGAUCGCAUUUGAGUGGACAGCAGUCAAGUUUUUCUGGUUCCUUUUUUACAUGUACUUCACGUUUCUUUACUUCACCUUCAUGGGAAUGGUGACGGUUGCCAUUACUCCAAACUUUCAUGUUGCAGCAAUCAUUGCAUCUGCAUUUUAUUCUACAUGGAACCUCUUUUGUGGCUUCAUCAUUCCUCGACCUAAAAUGCCUGUGUGGUGGAGAUGGUACAACUGGGCAACACCCAUUUCGUGGACGCUCUAUGGCUUGGUUGCAUCACAGCUUGGUGAUGUAGAUACAGAGAUGGAGACAACAGAUGGGAAAGUGGUGGUGUCUGAAUUCGUAAAGAAUUAUUUCGGGAUGAGACACGACUUUCUGGGAAUUGUAGCAUUGGUGAUUGUUUGCAUUCCUAUUGGCAUGGCUACCAUAUUUGCUCUGGCCAUUAAAAAGCUCAAUUUCCAAAAAAGAUAGGCAUUCCAUACAACCAUAUUAUUGAUGUUUGGUCUGAUCAUUAAAAAGAUUCAAUUUGCAAAGAAAAUAGGCAUUCCGUGCAACCAGUUUGUUUCACAUUCAUCCAAAGUAUCAGAUAGGUGACCAUUUCUAUCUUGUGAGAACCGCAUAAAUCGUAUGCUUCAGUUGAAAUCAAGUUAACAUUUCAACCAUGACCUGUAUUUCAUCUUCAACAUUUGGGCAUUGAAUCCCUGUAAUUUUUGUAUCCUGCUCGGUAACUACCACUUGUGGGAAUAGCUUCCUAAAUGCUACACAUUGCUUUCAUAAAUACUUUCAAUAUUAAUGGUAUUCAAGUAAA